AUGCGUUUUCAGACUUUAUUUUAUCUGUCCUUUAUUGGGCUUGCUGCAUCUGCAGCUAUUGACGGCCUUCUGGGUAGCCUUGGGGGUUUGGGUGGUGCUCUUGGUGGCGGCCAGCAAGCAGGAGCCGGAAAUGGUGCUGCUGCAGGUGCGGGAGCUCUCCAGGAAAUGGACAAAGAUGAAAAUCCAAGUCCGACAGCUAUGGCAAACGAAACAGGGGCAGCUUCUCAGGAAACUGGUGCUUCUAAUUCUACGGCAACUGCCACAGGUGAAAACCAGGCGGAGAGCCCAGCACCAACUACUGAGAGUUCGCCCAUGCCAAACUCACCUGAGGCAAGCCAAUCUGCCCAGGGGGCCAUGCCUUCGAUGUCACCCAGCGGCAAUCGUGAUGACGGGACCCAGUCAAUGACUCAAGAGCCACAAACCAUGGGAGGCAAGCCAAAGCAGACUAUGGGAGACCAGCCAAAGCUAACUAUGGGAGACCAACCAAAGCAAACGAUGAGUGGUGACCAAAAUAAACCGCAGACAAUGGGUGGUCAUUCAACACAACACGAGAGUAUGGUCAAACAGUCGAAGCAACCAGAAUCCAAUGGCACCGAGACAACAACUAUGCCUGAAUCUGAAGGUGAAAGUGCACCAAUGCCAACUACUAGUGCGGAGCCUGUUGCCAAUGGAUCUCGCCCUCAGGCGUCUGAUAUGUCAGGGCGCCGUCCUCGUCCUUCAGCCCCUCAGACAGGGAAGAUGCCGGCGAAGCAGUCUAUGACUCCAGCCGCCACUGCCACUCCUACUGCCACUGCUUCCGCUGUGAAGCCAACAGCUACCUCCCCUGCCCCUUCGGUAAUGGACCUAAUUGCGGAUGACGACCAGGAGAAGCAGAUAGAAGGUACGGCAAAGGCACCAUUGAAGAAUUCCACAAAAUCACCUCCUUCGGCCUCUGCCGCUAGUGAACAGCCCUCAUCUGCAUCUUCCUCACCACCUUCUCAAGCUGAUACCCAAACAAAACCAUCAUCAUCAUCAUCAUCAGAGGUGAACUCAUUUUUUAACGGCCUGUGA